AUGGACAAUAAUUCAUCAAGUAAUGCUUUAGAAGAGGAAAGACAUAGAAUGAAUAUCGCAUAUGAAGCUCAUAAACGGGAAACUGAACUCCGUAGUCGGGAAUUGCAGAUUAAUUAUGAAUUACAAAUUCGGAAAGCUGAUACGGAACAUCAACAUAAGAUUGCUGAAUUGAUAACACUAAUGAAACUAACAAAAUUACAAACUGGGAAAGAACUUCUUCUCUCCUAUAUGGAGACAAUGAAUUUAAUCAUCCAACAGAAUGGCGCCAGCUUAAAUGCCAUCAUGCCACUUUUACAAAAACUCGAAAGUGACAAAUUAUCUACCUCAUUGGAGAAAGCUACUGAAAAGGCUAUUAAAAAAAUUUUUGAUACUUAUAAGACUACUGAAGAACUUUUGGAUUACUCAAAAAAAACUAAUUAA